UAAACACAUCGCGUCUUCGGUAAUAAAAUUUGACUUGUAAAUAGUGUAACGAAAUAUGAAUUCUUACAUUAUAUAUUAAAGGCUUAAACUUACAACUUCCAAUCGAUUGUUUUGUGGCUUAAGGCUUUAAACAUUUAUAGCAAUGACAUACAUUAUCGAGUAUUUUUGGAACAAUUGUUUUUUGUGUCAUUGUCGACCAACAUACUAAAUUUGUUAGUGACCACUUAUUUUUAUGUGAAAAUAUAUAAUAAUAUAUAACUUUUGUGUAUUCACGUUGUGUACUAAAAAUAAUACUCUCACACCAUACCAAUGAAAGCAUAAGGAAUCCAUAAAGAAAAGUUUCAAACAUCUGUUAAUUACAAAUGAUUUAUGUGUGAAGAUAUUAUUUAGAUCUCGCUAUGAAGUUAAUUAUUGAAAUAUUGAGAUUAUUUGUAAGGAAGCCGUCUUCGGGAGAAACCUUCAGAGCUUGGAUUCUAUCUGCUCUUAUGGUUCACGGUGCAGUAGCUGGCAACCCGGAUGCAAAACGAUUAUAUGAUGAUCUUUUAAGCAACUAUAACAAAUUAGUAAGACCGGUGGUUAAUACUACUGAUGUUCUAAAAGUUUGCAUCAAAUUAAAACUUUCGCAGCUUAUUGAUGUGAACCUGAAAAAUCAAAUAAUGACUACAAAUCUUUGGGUUGAGCAGUCCUGGUAUGAUUACAAACUUCGAUGGGAGCCAAAAGAAUAUGGUGGAGUUCAUAUGUUGCAUGUUCCAUCUGAUCAUAUAUGGAGACCGGAUAUUGUCUUAUAUAAUAAUGCUGAUGGUAACUUCGAAGUGACUCUUGCAACAAAAGCCACAAUUUACUCUGAAGGAUUAGUUGAAUGGAAGCCUCCAGCUAUAUACAAAUCAUCCUGUGAGAUAGAUGUAGAGUAUUUCCCAUUUGAUGAACAGACCUGUGUUCUAAAAUUUGGCAGUUGGACUUAUGAUGGGUUUAAGGUCGAUUUGAGGCACAUGGAUGAGCAACAGGGCAGCAAUGUAGUUGACGUUGGUGUGGACUUAUCUGAAUUUUACAUGUCUGUGGAAUGGGAUAUUCUCGAAGUUCCAGCUGUAAGGAAUGAAAAGUUUUAUACAUGUUGCGAUGAACCUUACUUGGACAUAACAUUUAAUAUUACAAUGAGAAGAAAAACGCUUUUUUAUACAGUUAAUAUAAUAAUACCAUGUAUGGGCAUUUCCUUUUUAACUGUUUUGACAUUUUACUUACCAUCGGAUAGUGGAGAAAAGGUUACACUAUCUAUUUCUAUUCUUAUUAGUCUUCACGUGUUCUUUCUUUUGGUGGUUGAAAUCAUACCUCCGACAUCAUUAGUUGUUCCUUUAUUGGGAAAGUAUCUCAUAUUUGCUAUGAUACUCGUCUCUAUAAGUAUCUGCGUGACGGUUGUCGUUCUGAACGUUCAUUUUCGUUCCCCCCAAACUCAUAGAAUGGCACCCUGGGUUAAAAGAGUAUUUAUAGACUUUUUGCCAACAUUUUUGUUUAUUAAAAGGCCCACGUACAACUUUGAAACAAGUAAAUUACUUUUAAAGGACACACACGCUUGCUUUUAUCCGUAUUACUCUGCGAACAAUAUUGAUCGACUAGUGUCUUCUGGAUACAAUCAUACUCAAACGAAAGAAGAUUUAUCACAAAGGAAAGUAUAUCACAUAACAGCCAAUGGACCAUUUGGAGGAAGCUGUCAAGUUCAUGGUCCCGUGCCGCCACUCACUCGUUGUAGUUCUGACGAAAUAGCAGCCGUCCCCGACAUAGAUAUCGGAUCUUUAGAGAUAAAGAGUCCCAUAUUAAGCAAUCCAGCGUUUUCUCAUUCAAAAUGUCUCCCGAAAAUUCACAAAAGCUGUUUUUGUGUGCGGUUUAUAGCGGAACAUACUAAAAUGCAAGAGGAUUCGACAAAAGUUAAAGAGGACUGGAAAUACGUUGCAAUGGUGCUGGAUAGACUUUUUUUGUGGAUUUUUACGUUGGCCGUUGUGGUUGGUACCGCUGGAAUAAUUUUACAAGCACCAACAUUGUAUGACGAUCGUAUUCCCAUUAUUGAACAAAAGGACUUGGACUUUUCUGGAGCAUCGGCCGGACGCUGCAGACCUCCGCAAUAACACUAUUAUAUUGUAGGGCUUUAAGGAAAAGCUUGACAAAAUUCAUAUUGGAAUUAUUUAAAUGUUAUUUUGAAUAAUUUUUUUUUUAUUAUUCCCUUGUCGUCAGCCGCAUUUACGGAAAUGAAGUGCAUAAUCAUAAACACUAAUAAAUUGUAAAAUUAAAGUAUGGAUUACCGGUCAGUAAAAUAAGUAACUAAAUUUAUUUAGUCAAACUGAACCACCAUACCUAUUUAUUAAUUUUAUGUUUUAUCAUUUACAUUCUAUGUCAACUUUGAUUUUGAAGAAUACAAAUUAAUACUAAUGGGCUUAGGUAUUAGAGCCUUGCACAGCUCAAAAUAAUCUCUACAGCUUUAUAUGUUUGUUUGCGACAGCGGAAUCCUAGAAACAUCGAGUAAGAGCUCUAAACACUAGACAUUGAGUCCUUUAGAAUCCUGCAUGAUAAUAUAAAAAUAUCGCUUGGACGUCCAAAAAGUUUUAUAUUUCAUUGCCUAAAAUUCAAAAUAAGUUACGUUAAUUUUAAGUUUAUAUAUGUCGGUUGUUCUGUUAUACUAAACAUUUGCACCAUUAAAUGCAAUUUAAUUUUUUAUUUCUAAUUGAAUAACUUUUUAAAAAAUAAAUUUUGUUUAUUCAAUGUUUAAUAGCGUUUCAGACAGAGGGUGUUUGUGCUUACGCAUUAAUAUUUCGCUACAGCUGCAGUUGCGCAUACAAUUUUUUUUUAAUAAGAAUUUAUUUCAGUACUUUUUCGAGUUUUUUUGACGAGCUUAGGUGAUAUAUUCACUCUGCUCUUUGCUGUUCUCUGUUCUUUCACGGCUUCAGCUGCUUUUUCGUUAGCGGCAACAUUUGUGAGCAGUUUUCCGCUUAAAAUCGCAACAGCGAUGAAGCAUCUCUGUUUGCUGAUUUAUAUCAGGGAUGCUUAAGCUUAAGCCUAGUACUCAGUACAACGAAAACUGCUAGCUAACCAUAGGAGAAAGCGAGAGGCAAAUA